AUGCAGUCCCUACUUUCUUCAACCACCCUCCUGUUCGGUGUGCUGGCCACAUCAGUCCUCGCCAACCCUCAAUACGACUACGGCGGUUCUUCUGGUUCUUCGACUUCUGCUUCCGCAGGCAGUAGUGCGACUGCCGCCGCGGCCCAGGCCUCAUCAUCCAACAUCCACUCUGUCACAGUUGGACCCGGCCUCACCUUCACUCCAGACACCGUUACCGCUGCAAAGGGCGACUGGGUUGAAUUCACCUUCGGCGAGGGUCACAGUGUUGCACAGAGCUCAUUUGAUGCACCCUGCGUACCAAUCAGUGGUGGCGCUGGUGUGUACUCCGGAUUCCCCAACGAUGGGGAUGUGUGGCGGAUCCAGGUCAACAGCACGGACCCUCUGUGGCUGUACUGCUCGGCGACUGGCCACUGUGAGGGCGGUAUGGCUCUGGUCGUCAACCCACCAUCGAGCGGCAACACUCUCGAUGCAUACAAAUCUGCUGCACAAAACGCCCAGGGUUCUUCACCGGAGACCGUUCAAGGUGGCAUCUUCGGUGCCGCGGUCGCUAGCUCUUCGGGCUCCAGCAGCACUCCUUCAGCUUCGGCAACCACAAGCGGUUCCAGCGCCAGCGCUUCUCCUUCUGGCAACGCCGCUGGCGCCAACAUGGUCUCGAACGGACUGAUGGUUCUUGGGGCAGUUGCUGCCGGUGCUGCCGCUAUUCUGUAA